AUGAUUGAUAUCCCCGAAGGCGUCCCUUUUCGGACACAAAAUCUUCAAGAAGGAAGCCGAUAUAUCAAAAGAGGCCAAACAUUAUUCCCAUGUCCAUCCUCCGUGAACGUCUCCAAUUUCUUCGACCUUGCCCCUGACGAAGAGGUCGUUACUGUGCUCGGCAAACCAAUGGGCAGGAUUAUACUUGAAUAUGAUUUCUCGAUUGUGACUAAGUCCGGGCAUGGGGUACGGCCCGCUGAGGCUGAAGCUAUGAGACUUAUCUCUAGAUUUACCACCGUGCCUGUACCAGAAGUGUACCAUAUGAAUUUCAGCUCCGAGUACAAUGGGCUUAUUGAGAUGUCCCUUGUCCAGGGAUCUACAUUAGAAGGGACGUGGGAUACAAUGGACGAAAAAAGCAAAGAAUCUACUUGUCGUCAGACCUGGGAUCUCAUCUCCGAAAUCCGGUCCGUCCCAUCUCAAUACGAGGGUAUAUUCCAAUGCGCCGCAGACGGCUCCCCCUCAAAAGACCCCUUACUAGAGGAUCUACAAUCACCACCCCGACCCCUAAGCAGCGAUUUAGACCUACGGGCUCGCAUCUAUGAGCGUUACCUCCAUUGCGGGGGUAGUCGGUACGAACACGAAUUACCCAACAUGCUGCCCAAUUCUGACCAUGCUGUUUUCGCGCAUGGGGAUAUCGCACCUCGAAACAUCAUGGUUGAUGAGAACGGCAACAUCACAGGGAUUAUCGACUGGGAGUAUGCAGGCUGGUAUCCGGAUUAUUGGGAGUAUGCGCAGAUCCUGAGGCCCGCGUUCUGGGGAGAUUGGUCGAUAUGGAUGGAGCGGACUGCCCCAAAAAGAUGGAAUUUAAGUGGUAUCAAUGCUUCUCGCAAAGUUCUGUUCUAG